GUUUGUCCGAGGCCGAUUUGGAUACAUGUCCGUUGCCUUCGGACAAUCGGUAUUUAGUGGUUCGAUUGAGAUUUGGACGAUAUUUUACUGCAAGGCUCUUCGUAAAGAUAUCUUUACGAAGAUUACUUUUCGUAAAAACGUUUAUACUGAUUUUUACGGACUUUCAGACAUUGAUUCCGUCGUGACCGAUUUUGACCCCAACAAUCAUCAACAAAUGUCGCAAAGCUUUGUCAAUCUAGAGGAGCAAGAAGAAUACUAACUCACGGAAGGUGAUUGAACAACUAAAGAUGGACAUUCAAAAAGCCUAUGAAGCUCCUACUAUUGAUUAUGUUCAUCUCCAAAUGCUGAAGGCUCAGCUUCAACUACAGUACAGGAUGGAAGAGGAGUAUUGGAGAACCAAAAGCAGAAUUCUCUGGUUACAAGCAGGCGACAAGAACACGAAGUAUUUUCACGCCAAAAAAAACAGAGAAGAAGCUACAAUAGAAUCCUUCACCUCCAGGAUGAAGCAGGGAAACAUUACUCCACUGUCAAAGAUAUCCAUUCUCAUAUCCUCACCUAUUUCAGGGAUUUAUAUACAAGAAAAAGAAUUAUUAUAGAUCCUCUUCUCAUGAAUGGUAUACCUCUGACAGUUACAGAAGAUAUCAACAAAAGUCUUACCAGUCUAGUAACAGAGAAGGAGAUAAAAGAUGCGGUCUUUGCCAUGAAUCCCGAGAAAACACCAGGUCCUGAUGGCAUGACGGCAGCUUUCUACAGACAGCAUUGGGAAGUCAUCAAACCAUGUGUUCUCUCAUACGUUAAACUUUUCUUUGAACAAUCCUAUCUUGACCCUAGAAUUAACGAGACCCAUAUAUGCCUAAUACCUAAAAUCGAAAAUCCCAUCACUAUCAAGGAUUACAGACCCGUCAGCUUAGCCAAUGUAGCUUAUAAAAUCAUCUCCAAAAUAUUAGCUGAAAGGUUGAAACCCUGGCUUCACAAUAUCAUCACUGAAAACCAAUCAGCUUUUAUUCCGGGUCGUCUUUUCACAGAUAAUGUCCUCAUAAGCCAUGAACUUAUGCAUUCACUCCACACAAAAAACUUAAAAAAAAUAAGUUUAUGGCUCUUAAGCUUGAUAUUGCAAAAGCUUUUGAUAAGGUUGAGUGGUCCUUUAUUUAUUUGGUGAUGGAGAAAAUGGGUUUCUGCAGACAAUGGAGAGAUUGGAUCAUGAAGUGCAUCUCAACGGUCUCAUACUCAGUUUUAAUCAAUGGAGAACCAUCUAAGACCAUCAAGCCCCAACGAGGACUGCGCCAAGGUGAUCCUAUUUCUCCAUAUCUAUACAUCAUCUGCACUGAAGGCUUAUCACGUUUGAUCAAACAAAACAUUCAGGAGAAGAAAAUUCAUGGGUUUCAAGCUUGAAGAAGUGGCCCUCCUAUCUCACAUCUUCUCUUUGCGGAUGAUUCUCUCCUCUUUUGUAAAGCAACAGAAGAAGAAGCCAUUAACAUCUCUAAAAUCCUCAAGACUUACCAAAAAGCUUCGGGCCAGGAAGUCAACUAUAACAAAUCGGCUAUAUUCUUUGGAAAAGGUACUCCUCAGAACCUCCAGGAAAGAAUUGUUAAUCAUAUUGGCAUAACAAAAAUAGGAGGUUUUGGUCGACACUUAGGCUUGCCUGAGUAUGUUGGUAGAAAUAGGAAAGAGGUUUUCCAGUAUAUAGUCCAAAGGAUUGAAAAUAAGUUAGAAAAUUGGUACUCGAAAUUCCUGUCCCCAGCCGGUAAAGAAGUGUUGCUGAAAGCAGUGAUCACUGCUCUCCCUGCUUAUACAAUGUCCUGUUUCCUGUUACCUAAAGUUCUUAUACAGGAAAUCACCAAAGCUAUGAGGCGCUUUUGGUGGUCGGCCAACAAGGACAACCAUUCUAUAUCAUGGAUUGCAUGGGACAAAAUCACUGCUUCAAGGAAGGAAGGAGUUCUGGGUAUUAGGGAUAUGAUGGCUUUUAAUAAAGCCUUGCUAGCUAAACAAGUCUGGCGCCUAAUUAAACAACCUUCUUCAUUGCUAGCAAGGGUUUAUAAAGCUAAAUACUAUCAGAAAACGAACAUACUGGACUCCAGGAGUUAUCAAACCUCAAGCUAUGCCUGGAGGAGUCUAGUUCAGACCUUUCCUCUAAUUACACGAGGGAUGAAAUGGAUCAUAGGAGACGGUCAGAGGACUAGAGUAUGGUUUGAUAAUUGGCUUCCUGGACCGCAUAAUGUUGCUCCUGAUGGUCCUGCUUCCUCUGCUUUACCAAAUUUGUUGGUCAAGGAUCUUCUUGCUCCUUGUCACACACGAUGGGACAUUUCUAAGCUUCAGGCUUUGUUCCAUCCUGAAUAUAUUCUUAAAAUUUUGAGUAUUCGCUUGUCAAUUACAGGGGCACAUGAUACUGCAUACUGGAUGUAUAGCAAGAUUGGAGCCUAUACCAUUAAAACGGGCUAUCACAUUCAGAAAGCUAUUGACAAGGAGAAUGCUCAUAAUUCGGUUCCUUCCGAUCCUGUAAUAGCUCAGCGUGAUAAAUGUUUAUAUAAGUUAUGGAAUCUGAAAAUCCUCCAAAGAUAAAGCUCUUCUGGUGGAAGUGUAUCCACAAUGGUCUUCCUGUUGCAGAAAGUCUUAAUAUCAGGGGCUGUAGAGUUUAUAGGUACUGCCAGUUAUGUGGGGAGGAAGUAGAAAUGGUGAAACAUAUGCUUUUUGGCUGUAGAGUUGAUAGAGAAGCUUGGAACCUAUCACUGUUGAAUACUUGUCCCCAAUUUGAUCAUCUGAAUACAACUCUUAGUCUCUUACAGGAACUCAUUGAACGUAUGCAACAAGGCUUAACUGAUACACUUCCAUUCUACCUCGGGUGGAGAUUAUGGAAGAUGUGCAAUAAGGUUGUUUAUGAGAACAAAAGAGAUCACAUUAUCCAAGUUAUCCACGCAGCGAUGAUGGAUAAGCAACUGUGGGAAGAAGCGCAAAAUCAUAACUCAGUCAAUAAUCCACAACAUUCAGCUGUAACCCAAGUUCAGGUCGCCUUCCCUCUGAGCUCGCUUCUCCAUUCUCUUCCCCAACAUAUAGACCAUUUAUGUCUUGUAGAUGCAUCCUGGAAGUCACCAGAAGAUCAAGCUGGUAUAGGGUGGUCCUUAACAAGCAUAGAAGGCACUCCUAGACUUCAAGAAAGCUCUGCAAUUGAGCUUACCUCAUCAUCAUUGGUAGCAGAAGCAAUGGCCAUGUUGCUAGCGGUUCAACAAGCGCAAACACUCAGGUACGAUAAUGUUAUUUUCAUAGGGGACUGUGGGGAGCUAUUCAAGUGCUUAAGAAUGGAAGCUAUAGAUGGGAGAAUGCAUGCAACUUACAUAAACGAAGCAACUUCCAUAGUUAAAGAUAUAGUAAACAUUGCUAAGCAAAAUAGUUUCCCCUUUCUUUAUGUUCCUAGAUACCUUGUUGUAACUGCUGAUCACUUAGCAAAAAAAGCCAGGUGGAAUAAACAACAAUAUGUAAUCACCUGGCACUAGCAAUGGGCAUUCUACAAUUCUCAUUUCUUAUGAAAUGAAAAUGUUGACAAAAAAAAAAAGACAAACUAUUUUCCAGAUUCCUUUUUCUAUUGUUCAAAAAAAAAUCCCCAAACAAUCCCGAUAUCUUUCUAUCGUCUCUGGCUUUCUCAGCCAAACCUUAAAACUCUAUCUCUAGGGUUUUUUUCUUCUUUCCUCUUCUUCUUCGUUUUCGAUUUUAACUUCUGGUGUUGGAAAGUGACAACGAUUCUCUAGCUUCUUCUUCUUUUGGUUUGCGAUUUAUUUGUUUAUUGGUUCUGAGAUUUCCGGUGGAAUCUUGGAUGGCAUUGGAACAGCAAUUGAAGAAAGAAGAAGAAGAUCACUCGAGGAAGAAUAACAGAUAAACGGCAAUCUCUUCCAGGCAAGCUGUUGCGACUCGGUGCUGUACCACAGGACGUGCUCGUAGCGUCAGUUUCAUCGUCUUUACUGAUCCUUGUGUUGCGGAAAGAGUCACCAUGGAGAAACACACCAUCGAUGGCCGCACGGUACCAAUCAUCAACCCAUCUUUUAACUUUAUCUUUUGCAUAUUCAGUUAAGUCGUAACAAUCAUUUUUAUAGGUUGAGGCAAAGAAGGCUGUGCCUCGAGAUGAUUUGGUUUGGAUCAGGUUAUUUGAAUUUCAGUAACUAACAAGUUUCAAAUUGUUGCAGUUUCCCUGGGAAAGCCGUUGGAGUCUCAAUCGGUGGCUCUGCUGCUCAAGCUGAGGUGACCUGAAAGCUUGAUUCUUUCUGUUCUGUAUUAUUGAAAAAAUGCCAUGUUCUAAGUUUCUGCUUUAUAGAAAUCAUAGAGCUUGAAAAGGGUAAUCAUUAUAGUAGUGUAGAAUCCUUUGAUAUGGUGAUACUUAUAUUAGUAAUCCACGAGUUUUGUUCAGUAGAGAAAACUCUGUGUGUGUGUGUGUUUUAAGCUAGUUUUCCAUUGAUUCUGAACAGGCACCUGCUCAAGGUGAGGUGUCUUUACAUGAAUGCUUGAUUCUUGUUCAAAUCUUUGUUUCUGUUCUCUAUUAUUAAACAGUGAGAUGCUCUAAGUUUCUGCUUAAUAGAAACCAUAGACCUUUGUGUGUGUGUGUGUUUGAGGUAGUUUUCCAUUAAACAGUGAGAUGCGACCUUGAUAAGGGUUUGGAAAUCUAUUAUUAAACAGUGAGAAUGCUCUGUCCACGAGUUGUGUUAAGCUUUUCUCCAUUGAUUGUGAACAGGCACCUGCAGCUGAUGACGAUGAUGACAUAUCUGUUUGGUGACGAGAGUGAGGAGGAAAAAAGAACUGCAGAGGAGAGUGAGGCUGCUAAGAAGGACACCAAGAAGCCCAAAGAGACAAACCUGGUUCCAGUUGGUUACAGUAUCAAGAAGCUCGCGAGCAUCAACUAUACACCAAGCUCGAAUGACAAAAGCUGAGAAGUAUUAUUUCUUCAACAGAUCAAUACACAAGCUUUUCAAAAAAUUGUAUGAUUAACGGAUGUAACAUAUCAAAUAUACAUUUGUUGAAAUGUUUAUUUUUGGCUUAUUAUGUAUCAAAUCUCAGUAUCUCAUCCAAACACGUUUCUGAUGCAGAGUUUUUACUAGAAUUAAGUUGGCCUAACUUGUUCUCUGAUUUUGUUUAUCACUAGGUUUGAUGGUUACAUGUUCUGUUUUGGAGUUCAUGUAUUAACCUUGUAAUUCUUGGAUCGUUAAUGAAAAAGCAUAUAGUAUUUCAAACAUAAACCACAAACUCUAAAAUUUAAAACAAAAAUAUAAUUUUAUAAUUUUACUUUUUACUUUGGAUUUUUGAAAUAUUAAACAUUACUAAUAACCAUAUAACUUCAAACACAAUCUUAAAUCCACACCCUAAUCCCUAAACCCCAAACUUACACUCUACAUACAAAGUUAUAAAUCUAAUCCUUUCAAACUUAUAUUAUAAAUUUUAAACUUAAACUCCAAGUAUAUUCUAAAACUCAAAUCAUAUAAUUAAUUCUAACUCUUAACCAUUAACCCUAAACCACAUACCUCAUAUUAACAUAUAUCAUAAUACAUGAAAUCUUAAAUUUUAAAUAAUUUAUAAUUCUAUAAGAUAAAUAUACUAAUCCAAACUAUAUAUAAAAUUUAAAAUUAUGCAUUUCCAAAAUAAAUUUAAACCACAAAAUAACAAACAACAAAAAUAUAUAAUAAAAGAAACAUUCUUAUUAAAAUAUUAUUAUUUUAAUAUUUUACUCAAUCACACAAUCACAAAAUUCAAAUACAAAAUUUAGAUUUUUAAAAAUUUAAAUUAUGAUAUCAAAUUAUUUAAAGUUUAGAUAAUUUUUUGGGGAUUAACUCUAUAUACCCCAUACCCCCUUAAAUGAAUUUUUACUGCCCCCUCUCUAUUCUCCCUACCUUUUUAUCCUUACACUCCCCAAAUUAGCCUUUCAUUUAUUUCUCCAAUUAAAUAAACCAACCAUAAUUCAAUCACCUACAUGGCCCACAAAACAACCUUAACCAAUCCGAUUUCUCCUGACCCACAUGUCUCCUUUUUCAUCGUACAACUAUGUUCCUCUCAUCCUCUAUAAGCGAUUUUUGAAGCUAAAAAAAUAGACAAUUCAGGUUCGUUUUCGAUAAUUUUUUUUUGUGAUAUUACAUUUAAAUAUCGUGUAUAUGAUGGUUAACGUUAAAAAAGUAAGAUUUGAUGAAAAUUUAAGAGAUUAAAAACAAUUUCAAAAAUUAUGUUUAGGGCUAUCGGGUAUUUUAACGUCCGUUUUUGAGGAAUGUUUUGCUGAAAUGUUAUUAAAACAAGUGUAUAUCUCGGAUAGUGUAAAAAAAAAGAAGAUCCGAUGAAAAUUAUGAGUGAUUUAAAAAGAUUUUGAAAACUAUGUUUAUAGAUUUUGGGUAUAUUGUAUGUGUGUUUUGAUGAUUUUCUGUGUGUAAUUUCAUUUAAGAUGAAUUAUACAUCAUGGGUAAUGUAAAAUCAUAACAAUAGGGUCCUAAAAGCGAAUUAGCUAGUACAAGGAUAAGUUCUGGGUAUUACUGGUAUAACUAGUUUUACUAAAGCAAAAAAGUUUAACUGGAAAUACUAGAAUUACUAUAUUGAUAUUUCUUACUAGUAUUACUGAAUUAAAUUAGUAUUAGUAAGAGAAGAUUGUACGGUGUGAGAAUUAAUUCUAAGCAUCUUAAUAAUGAGAAUUCUAAUGAUAUUCUAUUUUAUUUUAGGAAAAUGCAAAAUCCGUAUUGCACAAUCAUUUAUUUUGAUUGUGGAGGAUAUUAUAUGAAAGAUGGGACUGAAAUAAAAUGUAUCUCGGAGAUGGUGAAGGAGAAGAUGAAAUCCACACGAUUGUGUUGAUGAAAUCAAUGGAGGAGAUCACUUACUAUGGUUUGGUUGAGUGUAUUUGCAGAAAGAUAAGGGUAGAUGAAUCUAAGGUGUAAGUGAAGAUUAGUUACUUUCCAAUGGUAUUGUAUUCAUACAAGCCAUCAUACAUCUGGAAUGAUGAAGACGUUUUUGGUUAUCUACUGCAAGUAAAUCAUGAGAAGUGUAGAAGUGUUCUACAUGUGGAGUUCAUCAAUGAAGAAGUGCAACUUUCAGAAGAGGAUGAUGAAACUGAUAGCUAUGUCGGUGUAUCUGAUAGAGAGGCUAUAGAGGCUGGUGAUGAGGAUGGUACUGAGAAUGAUGAAACUGAUGUCUAUGUCGGUCUAUCUGAUAGAGAGGCUAUAGAGGCUGGUGAUGAAGAUGGUAAUGGUGGUGUGCUCACUUUUCACGAAGACAUUGAGAUGCAUGAUGGUGUCAAUCAGAGAUGGGAUGAUGGUAUGGAUUUGGUUAUAGGUCAAGAAUUUAUAACCAAGGAGGCAGCAAAAGUUCUUAUUCAAGCAGCGUCAUAUCAGAAAUCUUUUGAAUUUGAUAUAAUUAAGUCGGAUACUAAGAGAUUUGUGGUUAAAUGUCGAGGAGCCAAAGAUGGGUGCAAUUGGUUUGUGCGAGUUGCAAUGUUAAAGAAGUCAAAUAUUUGGACGGUUAGAAGUUUCAUCAAGCAGCAUACAUGUUCUGUCGUUACAAGAACACUGCCUGAUAGAGAGGUUGGUGAUGAAGAUGGUACUGAGAAUGAUGCAACUGGUAAUGAAGAUACUGGUGGUGUGCUCACCUUUCACGGAGAGAUUGAGAUGGGUGAGAAUGUCAUAGAAAGAGAUGAGCAUGUGUUUGAAGAUACAGAAGUAAGACCACAAGUUGUCUAUCAGCCACGGGAUGAUGGUACAGGUUUGGUUUUAGGUCAAGAAUUUAGAACCAAGGAGGAAGAAAAAGUCCAUAUUCAGACGGCUUCACAUCAGAAAUGUUUUGAGUUUGAUAUAACUAAGUCGGAUACUCAGAGAUUUGUCGUUAAAUGCCGAGGAGCCAAAGACGGCUGCAAGUGGUUUGUGCGAGUUCCAAAGUUAAAGAAUACAGAACUUUGGACGGUUAGAAGUUACAUCAAGCAUCAUACAUGUUUUGUUGUUACUACAAGAACACUGCCUAAUAGAAGGAAAGGCACAUCACAAAUCGUUGCAUAUGUUUUGGCUCAAGAUUAUACUGGUACAUUUGACACACCAGUUACCAAAGUUCUGAUCGAUUUGGUUCAUCGAAGGGUUAGUGUGCAUGUUUCAUACACCUCAGCAUGGAGAGGAAAAAGAGAAGCUGCUAAUGAAGUGCGAGGAAGUCCAUAAGAGAGUUUUACUUUAUUAUACUGUUAUAUGCACAUGCUGGAGCAGAAAAAUAUUGGCACAAGAACUCGUGUGGUAGUGGAUGAGGCCAACAAAUUUAAGUAUCUGUUUUUUGCCCUGGGAGCUAGCAUAGAAGGGUUCAGUGCGAUGAGGAAAGUCCUCAUUGUGGAUGGAACACACCUAAAAAAUGUUUAUGGUGGAGUUCUCCUUGUUGCGACUGCUCAGGAUCCUGAUCAUCACCACUACCCAAUUGCGUUUGGUGUAGCAGAUGGUGACAAUGAUGAAAGCUGGAUAUGGUUUAUGGAACAGUUGAAAUCAGUGAUAUCUGAUGUCCCGGGAUUGGUAUUUCUUUCAGAUAGAAACAAAAGCUUGAUCAAAUCAGUACAUCUAGUGUUCCCUGAGGCCGAACAAGGGUAUUGUAUAUGGCAUUUGUCUCAGAAUGUUAAAGUCCACGUCCAUAACAACAAAGAUACUUGUGCAAGCAAGUUUAGAGACUGUGCACACGCUUAUACGGAGGCUGAGUUCAAGUACCAUUAUCAUGCUUUUCGCCGGAGGUAUCCUAGUGCAGUAGCGUAUCUUGACAAAAGUGUUGAAGAGAAGAAGUGGGCUAGAUGUUACUUCAGAGGAGAUAGGUACAAUGUUGACACCACCAAUUCACACCACCAAUUCAGUAGAAUCUUUUAAUGGUGUUAUCAAGGAAGCGAGAAAGUAUACCUUACUACCAAUGUUUGAUGUUAUCAUUGCGAAAAUGUCUGAAUGGUUUAACAACCAUAGGAAGGAGGCAGCUGAAAUACCAUACACACUGAAGCUUGUGCCUAUUUUGGAAACCGAAAUGUCUAAAACAUGUGUUGAUGCGGGGUUUCUUACAAUUGACGAACUAAACAGCUUCCAUCUUGAGUACAAUGUGCAUGGUACUGACGGCAAGGUUUAUACUGUUGAUAUGGCUAGGAAUACUUACAGUUGUGAGCAAUUUGAUAAAGACAAAUAUCCUUGUUUGCAUGGAGUGGCUGCUGCCACAUUCAUGUCGAAGGCAGCGGGAAGGGAACUUCAUCUAUCUGAGUAUUGUUCAAAAUACUAUUUGGUGGAGCAAUGGGCUUUGGCUUAUCACAGGACCAUAUAUCAUGUUCCUCAUAUGUCUGAUUGGGUUAUACCAGAAGAUGUUAAAGCAAAGAAAAUACUUCCUCCAGAUUUUGAAAAGAAGAAAAGAAAACCACAACAAACAAGAUUUCCAUUAGUAGGAGAAUCCCGUGGAAGAGGCAAAAGAGGCAGACGGGGAGCUAGAGGAGCCAGAGGCAGAGGCAGAGCCAGAGGAGAAGGUAUGGCAUCAUGUUUUGAAUGUGAGAGUAGUUCAGGUAUUAACUAAGGUUUACUGGAGAUUACUCGGCUUAUUAUGUGAAAUCUGGACUACUAGUGAUUUCUGGUAUUAUUAUGUGCAAUUUGGAUUACUGAUUCUGACUAGUAUUAUUAUGCACAAUUAAGAUUACUGGGUUUUACUGAUAUUAUUGUGUGCAAUUUUGAUUACUAGGUUUUACUGGUAUUAUUAUGUGCAAUUCGAAACCAACAUAUAUCACUAGGUUAUGUGUAAUUUAGACUAUCUUUAUAUGAUUAUUUUCAAUUCUUAGGUUACGUACAUAAUAAAUAUAUAGAUUAGACUAUUUUUGUUAAUUAUUUUCAAUAGUUUAAGAAAAUCUUAACGGUUUCCCGAAAAACUUCCUUAACUUUCAUUGUUAGUAUGUGAAUGGUUAACAAUAUAGUAAGGAAAAUUUUACAAAAUACAUAUUUCUGGUAAAUUGUUUAUGUAAAUGUCUUCUAUGACGAUAAUAAUAGGGAAAUGUCAUUGGUUCUACUACCAAACCUUCAUCUCUGAGAUAGUUUUACUAGAAAAACGUAAAAAUCGCCAAAGUCUUACUAUCUGUAUGGUAGUAUUACUACCACCUUAAGGAUUACCAUAGGUAUUACUAAGUUUUAAAAAUAAUAUUCUGAUAUUUAGGACGGCUGCACGUUUUACAUGUGAAAUGCAUUUUUUAAUUCUUUUUUAAAUAAUAUUUUCUCUUUUUUAGUGUUUUACAUGUGUUUACUAGUUUUUGGUAUAUUGUUUUUCCUUUUUUAGUGUUUUUUGGGCGUAAUAAACCCAGUAAUUCUAGUUAUCUAUCUUACUCAUUUUUGGGCAUAAUAACACUUGUAACUCUAGUUUUCCAAACCUGUUUCAAACAUCCAAAAUACCAAGUUUAAACAUUCUACAACCUAGUUUCAAACAUCCAAAAUACUUAACAUCCCAAAUACAUAACAUCCAAAAUACAUAACAUCCUAAAUACAUAAAAGCCUAAGGCUUUGUUUUACGCUUCUUCCCCUCCAUGAAAGGAGUCUGCACCCACUGUGAUUUCCUCUAUAAUCUGCCACUCUUCUUAGGUGUAUCAACAACGACAUUCUCCUUGCAACUAUGCAUGAUCCAAAGACUCGGUGCUUCCUUGUAAAUGACCAUGAUCCACCUUUGCUUUUCUUCCUCAGUGUAUUCCUCAACAACUUCCCCAGUCUGUUCCUCGACAACUUCCCCAGUCUGUUCUUCAACAACUUUCACAACCUCUUCCUCUUUUUUCUCUUCAUCCACAACUUUCUCCCUGCUUUUUUCCUCUGUUUCCACAGCCUCUUUCUUUUGUUUCUCUUCUUUGACAACUUUCUCACCUUUUCCAGGUUCAUCCUCCAUACGCUUAAUUAUUGGUCUCCUUGCAGCCAUUGCCUUAGUCCUACCACGUGGCGGUGUUGGAGUUCCCUCUGACUGAUUCCCACGUGGUGGUGUUGGAGUUUCACCGGUUCUGUUCGUCUCAACCCGAGGCUCAUUGUCAUUAUCUUUGGGAGUUCCCUCUGUCUGAUUCCCACGUGGUGUUGUCGGAGUUCCUUUUUCUAUCUCUGCCUCCCGUGCCUCAGAUUCCACCUCAUCAGUCUCAUUUUUCUCCUUUUCUUGCUCCCUAGUUUCAGACUCUUUCCCUUCAACUUCUUCUUCUUGAUCAUCUUUCCCUUCAACUUCUUCUUCUUGAUCCUCUUUCCCUCCAACCUCUACCUGAUCAUCUUCCCCUUCAGCCUCAGGUUCCACCACUUUUUCUUCAUCUUGCUCAUCAUCCUUGUUGGGGUCAAAAUCGGUCACGACGGAAUCAAUGUCUGAAAGUCCGUAAAAAUCAGCAUAAACGUUUUUACGAAAAGUAAUCUUCGUAAAGAUAUCUUUACGAAGAGCCUUGCAUUAAAAUCUCAUCCAAAUCUCAAUCGAACCACUAAAUACCGA